CACCGCUGAGAGCCGCUUUUCCCCUUUUUUUCACCCCCCUUUCCCUCCCGCCCCGCAGCCGGGGGUGGUUCUCGCCCAGCCGCCCUCCCUUCUCCCCUCCCUCUCUCUCUGCCGCCGGGCUGCUCCCUCCCCGUGGGGCGCAGGGAGGCGAGCCCGCCCGCCCGGGAUGCCAUGGCUCCGCCGGGCUCCGCGCUGCCCGCCUGCCUGCUGGGGCUGCUGCUGCUUGUCUGCCGCGGAGAUUUUGGCCAUUCCUCCGAGCUGGCAUUUGUUGUGGAGCCUAGUGAUGACAUAGCUGUGCAAGAGCAGCCCUUGAUCCUCUACUGCCAGGUGGAGGGCAUCCAGCCCAUCACCAUCACGUGGCGCAAGAACGGCGCGCUGAUCGUGGACAGUGAGAAUGCCUUUAUGCUGGCCAAUGGCUCUCUGUACGUCUCCCGCUUCCAGAGGCUGCGGGGAGACGGCUCCUCGGACGAAGGCGAGUACGACUGCAUGGCCCAGAACCACUACGGGCUGGUGGUGAGCCGCAAGGCCAAGAUCCAGGCAGCCACAAUGUCUGACUUCCACAUCCACCCUCAGAAUGCAGUGGUGGAGGAAGGCGGGGUAGCAAGAUUCCAGUGCCAGAUCCAUGGCCUUCCUGAGCCAGUCAUCCUGUGGCAUAAGAACAGCAUGCCAGUCAACACAGACAACGAAAGGUACACACUGCUUCCCAAGGGGGUUCUCCAGAUAACAGGACUAAGGGCAGAAGACAGUGGCAUAUUUCACUGUGUUGCCACCAAUAUUGCUAAUGUGAAGUUCAGCAGGGAGGCCCGGCUCACCGUGUCAGGCUCCCACUCCAGCGUGUACAAGGACCCCAUGAUCCUGGUGGGCCCGGAGAACCUGACGCUGACCGUGCACCAGACGGCGGUGCUGGAGUGCAUCGCCACCGGCAACCCCCGGCCCAUCGUGUCCUGGAGCCGCCUCGACGGCCGCCCCAUCGGUGUGGAGGGGAUCCAGGUGCUGGGCACAGGAAACCUCAUGAUCUCAGACCUGACAGUGCAGCAUUCCGGCAUCUACGUGUGCGCCGCCAACAAGCCGGGCACGCGCGUGCGCCGCACCGCGCAGGGCAGCCUCGUCGUGCAAGCCCCAGCAGAGUUUGUGCAGCAUCCCCAGUCCAUUUCCAGACCCGUGGGGACUACUGCCAUCUUCACAUGUGUGGCCCAAGGGGAGCCCCCUCCCCAGAUCACGUGGCUGAGGAACGGGCAGAUCCUGGAGACCAGCGACCACAUCAAGCUGAAGAAUAACAACAGCACUCUGUCCAUCUAUGGGAUCAACCAGGCAGAUGAAGCCAUCUACCAGUGCCUGGCCGAGAACAGCGCAGGCUCCACGCAGGCCAGCGCCCGCCUCACCGUGCUGUGGGCUGAUGGGCUGCCCAGCCCUCCUCAGGGCGUCAGGGCAGAGACCGUCUCUGCAACCACCAUCCAGGUGUCCUGGGAAAAGCCCCUGCAGAACACCAAGGAGAUCAUUGGCUACGUGCUGCACAUCCGGAAAGCUGCAGAUCCCGUAGAGAUGGAGUACCAGGAGGCUGUUAGCAAGAGCACCUUCCAGCAGCUGGUGACUGAUCUGGAGCCCUCGACCAGCUACAGCUUUUAUAUAAAGGCUUACACCUCGCGGGGUGCCAGCAAAGCCUCCGAAGUGACGGUGGUGAGCACGCUGGGGGAAGUCCCAGCCAUGCCAUCCCUUUUUAUUAAAGUCAUUAACAGCACCACUGUGCAGGCGAUGUGGGAGCCCUCCAUCAAACUGGGCCAGCACGAAGGCUUCAAGCUGUAUUACCGCAAAGUUCACCUCUCCCAGUACACAGGUCCAGUGCUCCUGGCCAGCAACGUCACAGCCUACAACAUUACCCACCUGGACGCGUCGGUGGUGUACGAAGUGAAGCUCCUCGCCUACAACCAGCACGGGGACGGAAACUCCACUGUGCGCUUCGUGUCCCUGAGGGAAACUGUGGAGAGGACAGUGCUGAAUCCUCCCUGUGACUGCAUGAAAGAUGAGCAGAACAAUAAAACCUCCACAACUGGCAUCAUCAUUGGGAUCCACAUUGGCGUCACAUGCAUCAUAUUCUGCAUCCUCUUCCUUAUGUUUGGAUACCGAGGAAGGCUGCUGAUGUGCAAAAAUGUGCAGGAGCAGCUGUCAACCCCUCAGAUCCCCCGGAGCCAGCGGAGUGCCACAGGCCUUGUCCUGAACGGAGCCACUCGUAGGGACAGGGAUGAUCAUGACUUGAACGGAAAGCAGCUGGAUAUGAACGAGCUGGAGAGGUUAUUCCCAGCAUCCCCAUCCCAGGAGCAGCAGGAGAAGGGAAUAACGUCGGCUCACAGCCUGUCAGCCCCCCACGAUGAAACCCAGAUCUCCACACUCCCUCUGGAUGAGUUCAGCAUCAUUGAGGAGCAGCCAGACCCCCUCCCAAAAAACCCCCAUGGUAGCAGUGCUGCUGCUCCGGCUCUCGACCACGGUCCUGCCAAUGAAGGAUAAAACUGCCAAGACUCGAAGCCUCUUGUA